AUGUUUCAUUUAGGCAAGCAUAAUCAGGUGAAAAGUCAAAAUGUUCAUGAUCCUUUAUAUGCAGGAUGUGUGGGCGUUUUGUUCUGUGAUACCAACUCCCUUAUGAGGCACAUCAUUAUUCAAAUUAUUCAAGACAGGCAGGGAGAAUUUAUUGAGGAAAUCAAAGAUCUCAAAAACAGUGAGUCUGAAGACAGGGCCAUCACAAUGCUUGGCAGAGCACACGAGAAUCUGAAGCACUACUUUUUCUGUGAAGAGUAUACCUAUAUACUCACACUAACAAUGGAGUUCACCAUGUUCAGUCUUAGUUCAGUCUAG